AUGAGACAACUAACAGAAGAAGAAACGAAAGUAGUUUUUGAGAAAUUAGCAGGUUACAUCGGUAGAAAUAUAUCGUACCUGGUAGACAAUAAAGAAAAUCCACAUGUAUUUAGACUACAGAAGGAUAGAGUUUACUAUGUUCCAGAAAAUGUGGCAAAAUUGGCUACUUGUGUAGCCAGACCUAAUUUGAUGUCCCUAGGUAUCUGUUUGGGGAAGUUCACCAAGACUGGAAAGUUUAGAUUACAUGUCACUGCAUUGUCUGUUCUUGCAGAACAUGCAAAAUAUAAGAUUUGGAUCAAACCAAAUGGGGAAAUGCCAUUCCUAUAUGGUAAUCAUGUAUUAAAGGCUCAUGUAGGUAAGAUGUCUGAUGAUAUUCCAGAACAUGCAGGUGUCAUUGUCUUUGCUAUGAACGAUACUCCACUAGGGUUCGGUGUUAGUGCAAAGAGUACUGGGGAAGCUAGAAAUUUACAACCAACGGCUAUCGUUGCAUUCAGACAGGCAGAUAUUGGUGAAUAUUUGAGAGAUGAAGAUACAUUGUUUACUUAA